GAAAUAUAAAGUUACCGAUAGUUCUUUGACUUUUGAAGUAAACAGACACAGAAACCAGCAACAAGUGGAUUAUCCAACUCAUUCUUGCUUCACACCGAGAAUAGCACUCACAACCCUAACCCGACAACUGCAAACUGUUUGUGCGUGUGGUAACCCCACAUUUUCACCUCUCGCUCCUCAUCAUCCAAAACUCACAUUCAUCUCUCAUCCCAACUUAUACAAAGUGAGCCUCCCGCAUUUUGUUCUAUUUCUCCCAACCAGACUGAAUGCUCAAACACCUCAGUCCAUCCCUUAAAACCGCACAAGACUCACCCAGCUAACCACCACCCUAACCAGCUUACUCAACCCUCACUUUCACUUCUCACCCCGCUUAUUCACCUUCACAACCACCCCCCAAAAUGGACGACAAAGCAGACCUCAUCGCCGACCAACUCUCCCAAACCACCCCCUCAUCCCGUGGCGGCGGUAAACGCGGUGGCAGCCGAGGAAGAGGAGGUCGUCCCGGAGGAAGAGCAGUAGACCUCUCCCGCGCCCUCUCCCGCCUCCUCCGGCACCAAGCCUCCAACGCCGGCAUCGACCUCGACAAAGAAGGCUACGCCCCCCUAGAUAAAGUCCUCUCCUGGGGCCCCCUCAAAUCCCUCAAACCAACCUUUCCUGAAAUCCUCUCCGCAGUCAAAGACUCAGACAAGCAACGCUUCGCCCUCAAACCCCUCCACUCCUCAACCUCAACAUCCACCGACCCAAAAGACUGGCUCAUUCGCGCCAACCAAGGGCAUUCCAUCAAGCUCGACUCGGACGCCCUCCUCAAACCCCUAUCCCUCACCCCAGACCUCUCAAAAGGCCAACUCCCCAUCCCGCCCACCGUCGUCCACGGCACCUUCUUCGCCUUUUGGCCCCUCAUCAAAUCAACCGGCGGCCUCAAGAAAAUGGGGAGGAACCACGUCCACUUCAGCACUGGACUCCCCGACGACGACGAGGGCGUCAUUUCUGGGAUGAGGAAGGAUGCAGAGUUGUUAAUCUACAUUGACGUGCCAAAAGCAAUGAAAGAAGGCAACCUAAAAUUCUGGAUGAGCGAGAACGGGGUUGUCCUCACAGAGGGAGAGGAUGAGGAGGGGAUAGUGAGCUCAAAGUACUUUAAGGAGGUUGUCGGGCGGGAUGGGGCGUUGGUGGGCGUUAUCUGGAGGGAUGGAGAGCCCAUGGAUGGGGGUGAUUUACCUCCAGGGUUGAAGAUCAGGCAGCCUCAUGGCAAGGGGGCUGGGAGGGGAGGGAAGCGGGGUGGGGGAGGAAGGGGAGGAGGACAGUAAAGAUAAUGCCACACGUCAAAGCUUUUUGGCGAG